AUGGCCCUUCGCUUGCUUUUGCAGCUGUUGCUUGUCCUGUUCAGCGUGGCAGGCUGUUCAAACCAGCCGAUAGAUCCCAUCGACACUGAAGUUCCCCUUCGGUCUUCGGGCCGCCUUGCUCUUGUCUCGAAUUUCCGUCUCACAAACAUCCCCGGCGGCAUCCUCAGCAUUACUCCAACAUACAGAAACUCGACCAUGCAGCAAACCUGCGGUCACCGAGAGAACUUGCCAGGAGUUCUUGGUUCCUCACCUGGAGGUCACUCGGAAAACAUGACGUCGACGGCCACUUUCGACACUCAGAUCCCCACUGGCUUGCGUGCAAGACACCCAGAUACAUCGUCCACCUUCUCAACCCUCUCCCCCUCUUCAAACUCCACCCAAAAGCUUUCCACUGAUGACAAGUCUAUUGAAUCGACUGUCACGGUAGUGCAUGCUGAGAAGAGCAGCACUUGCAACGACAUGUCUGCGAGGUCUUUGGCUAAGAUUUCUGCGGACGACACAUUCGUGUAUGACCCAAGAAAACGUUCAUCCUCGAUCGAGGUUCAAUUAAGUGAGGCCAGUUGGUCCUCAUCUUCAAACCCCACCAAGAAGCUUUCCACCGAUAACAAGUCUAUUGAAUCGACUGUCACGGUUGUUCAUGCUGAGAAGAGCAGCAAUUGCAAAGACAUGUCUGCGAGGUCUUUGGCCAAGGCUUCUGUGGACGAUACACUUGUGUAUGAUCCAAGGAAACGCUCAUCUUCAAUCAAGGUUCAUUUGAGUGAGGCCGGUGGUUCCCUAUCUUCAAACCACACCCAGAAGCUUUCCACUGAUGACAAGUCUGUUGAAUCGACUGUCACGGUUGUUCAUGCUGAGAAGAGCAGCAAUUGCAAAGACAUGUCUGCGAGGUCUUUGGCCAAGGCUUCGGCGGACGACAUAUUCGUGUAUGAUCCAAGAAAACAUUCCUCCUCGAUCGAGGUUCAUCUAAGUGAGGCCAGUGGUUCACCAAUGACCUCCCCCCUUAUGUCUGUCGAAACCGCUGAGCAAAAAGGAAAGUCCGUUACCUUGGGCCCUUGCCCUUGUGAGCAGGAAGAUUGCACCAUGUCAAUCCCACACGUUACCACUUGCCCUACGGCUGUUGAUUCCAUCGGAAGGAAAGGCAUGUCCACUGCGCUCGGCCCUUGCCCCUGUGGAGAAGACGAUUGCAUGGCUUCAAGCUCCAAGAUCAUUACUCGACCUACGCAGCCAUACGAGCAUGAUGGACAAAACAGAAGGGGAUUAUUUUCCAGUGGUUGGCCACUUGGACAAGCCAAGCCAAUGGAUCCAUGCACCCUCGUUGGAACUUCUACAACUCAGUCAAUCGACCUCAUUGGACAGGAGGCAAAUGCUGGCGCCUUUGACCAUUGCCCGUGUGGGCAGAACAAUUGCAUCAUUCCUCGACCACAAGUCACUUCCACCCCUGCACCUGAUGGAAGUUUUGAGCAGAAAGAAGAGGCUCCAGCACUCGAGAACCGCCCGUCUGGACCGGACGAUUGCACUCUGCAAUGCCCGCCAGCAACCACUCCAAAGCAAAAAUCAACAGAUCUCGCAAUUUCGAUUCCAAAGGACGUACCAGACGAUCAGAAGGCGGAAAGACCAAGCCCAUUAGGCUGGUACAGGACCACACUCCGAAACAAACCCGUUGACUGCGACUACCUCAAAUCAUGUCAGGAUAUCCGGGCAGAACCCGAUGACGACUACGCCAGAUGGGGAUGGUCAAUUCAAGAGGGAUCUCUGGUCAUCGGCAUCAACCCUGCCUAUGUUGUCCCGACUGAAGGUGUACAGCCAAGUGACCAACUUGAACUCAAAGAAGGCGCCCUUUACGUGGUCCAGCAGAUCUACGGUGACAUGUGGGCGCUAUGUUUAGAAAUCUCCACUACUAAGCCUCAUGGCGGCGGGAUUCCAGGGGCCCCCAACGAGGUCGUUGGACUUGGAUUCGUUCCACUUUGCGCCGUUACACUUGCCGCGAACUAUUCCACCUUCCUUGAGCGGCGUCGAGAGUAUCGGAGAAAUUCCGGCACAGUUCUGCUCACUCCGUCGAAUGGGGCCCGUGUCAUGCCCCCAGUACGAAUCCAAAGUCUUGCUGUCAGCCGCGAGAUCCAUUGGCAGAUUACCAAAGGUCAGAACAAUUUUGUGUCCAAAGGCGCAUACAAGAUCUGUGGAAAAUUCCGACCUAUCGGCGAAGACGAUCCCGCAUAUGAGACCAAGGACAGAAUGAAGCGACUAAAACUUCUGGUCCAAAACCCGCGCCGAGCACUGAGAAACCUGACUGCCAAAAAAAUGGAAGUCAAAGCUAGCUGGGUUGGUCCAGACUCCGUUCCUUCGCAGCCGACCCCAUGCAAAAAACUCGUUAAGGGGGUACAUCGACCACUCAAUAUCAUUGGAGGCAUCAAGCGGCUAUGCGGCAAAAUUUGUGACAAGUAA